GUUGUCGACAUGCAGUUUUUGCUAGCAACCAAGGGGAAGUUACUAUUUACCAUAAACAAACUACAUGCCUUUUCCGAUCGCUCUUUGUAAAUAGUUAACAGCUCAUCUUUUGAUUUAUAAAUUUCUAUUACAAUUAUUUUUUUAGUUAGUUAACUAUAAGAUGGGACAAAAAGAUACUUUUGACCUUGAUUUAAGUUCAAAACUUAGUUCGUCUGCUAAUGAAAAAUUUGACGCCUAUCUGAAGCGACAUGGACUUAUAGAACCUAAUCAAUCUCAUCCUCGUCGGCUUACUGAUGCUUUGGAAGACCGAAUGGGAGAGCUGAAGCUUACAAACAGUCCUGUUGCAAAAGAAAACCAUGCCGAUAGGAGCCCUCAGAAAUCACCGAGCAAGAUCCCGAUUGCUUCUCCAAAUCCUGUGGCAGUUGAGCGAUCAAGGGACCGACAGCAUGGGAGUUCAAGAUUAUUUGACUCCGUUGGUCAAGCUCCAAGUUGGAAUGUGGGGACUAUGAAUCUUUCGUUGGAGGAAUUAGAGAAAAUCACACGGCCAAAGGUUAAAAGAAUGGCGACCAUAUGCCAGAUGUUUUUUCUUGAUAAUUACUUUGAGCAGUUGCAUUAUCUGAAUUCUAGAAAGCAAAGACUGCAUCUUUUUGAGCAACAGCUUUCAAAAGAGUCUACCACUAUACGAGGUGAAUUAGAAAAGCGCUACAACGGUCGCGAGCGCGUAUAUCUUCGAAAGCGUCGUACUCGUAUAAGUCAUGGUGAUUUUCAAACGAUUACUCAAGUCGGUCAAGGUGGUUAUGGAUCAGUUUGGCUAGCAAAGAAGAGAGAUACCAAGGAAAUUGUCGCUUUAAAAGUAAUGAACAAGUCUGUUUUGCACAAGAUGGACGAAAUUCGUCAUGUACUUACGGAACGAGAUAUUCUCACAAGUGCAAACUCGGAUUGGCUGGUUAGGCUGUUGUAUGCAUUCCAAGAUUUUUCAAACAUCUAUCUGGCCAUGGAAUUCGUACCAGGAGGAGAUUUUAGAACGUUAUUGAGCAACAGCGGUGUUUUAAGAGAUCAUCAUGCCAAGUUCUAUGCUACAGAAAUGUUUUUGGCAAUUGACGCACUGCAUAAACUUGGAUAUAUUCACCGGGAUUUGAAACCUGAGAAUUUCCUUGUCGGUGCUUCUGGGCAUAUCAAGCUGACUGAUUUCGGACUUAGCUCUGGUAUAAUCAGUAAACAAAAGAUUGAAAGUAUGAAGGUACGACUUCAAGAAGUGAACAAUGUAGCCGUUCCCGAGAGAAGUAUGCGUGAACGUCGUCAAGUAUUCCGAACAUUGUUGGCUCAGGAUCCUGUCUAUGCCCAUUCAGUGGUUGGAUCUCCUGAUUAUAUGGCGCCAGAAGUUUUGCGAGGAGAAAAUUAUGAUUAUUCAGUCGAUUACUGGUCUCUGGGCUGCAUUUUAUAUGAAUGUCUUUCUGGAUUUCCUCCGUUCUCCGGUUCCAAUGUCAAUGAAACAUGGUCCAAUCUAAAAAAUUGGAAGAAAUGCUUUCAACGUCCACAUUAUGACGAUCCUCGAGAUUUGGAGUUUAACUGGAAAGACGAUGCAUGGGAUUUUGUUACCAACUGUAUAACUAGCCCUACUUAUCGCUACCGUUCUUUGAAUCAGGUUAAACAACAUCCAUAUUUUGAUCAAAUUCAAUGGGAUAAUGUACGUGCAGCGUAUCGACCUCCAUUUAUUCCUGAUUUGAAUUCAGAGAUUGAUGCAGGGUAUUUUGAUGACUUUACGAACGAAAAUGACAUGUCUAAGUAUAAAGAAGUGCAUGAAAAGCAAGCGGCGAUUGCUCGCAUGUCAAAUACAUUUAAUAAACCAAGACGAAAUGCCUUUAUUGGCUUUACCUUUAAGCACCAGAAAAACAAUCAUCCCAUUCCUUCUGCUGGUGUUCCUUCUUUGUCAGGUUCUUCUGCAUUUGGAACUCUUUUGUAAACAGCCUUUGAGAAGUCAUUAUUUUGUAAAAGGCAUAGUCUGGGAAUUUUGAAUAGAGCAAGCGAUCUUAUUGCUUUGAAUUGUCUUUUGGAGCCAGAUUUUAUGAAUGUAAUGCCCGUAUUUGAAAUGAUGUGAAAUAGAUGACGAUUUGUCUUGGAAGUUUUGGAAUCCCACGUCGAAAUGUCAUGCUCUGGAUGUAUGAAUUGCAUAUUAUUUUGUUAUAGAAAGCCAAUAGGGUUUUGUUUUGAACACUAAAUCUUUCUGCUGUAUAUGAAUCAAAUUGUCAACUUACUAUUUUGUGCAUUUCUUUUACUUUUGAAGAUUUUUUUUAAUAUAUGACUUGAAUCCCACGGGAAACGAGAAGACAAAAGCAAAGUGAAAAUUACCCUAAAGCUACCAAUUUCAUGACAAUCCUUAGAAGAUAAAACAUUUACUUACAGCUUCUUGUUUAAUGCAGUGCAGUGUAUCGUUAUUUACUAACC